GUUUGUAAAUGGUGCUUCACGACAUGAAGAUAGUGAUACAAGCCUAUUUAAAAUGCUGCAGGGACUCAAAGUGCUUCUUUUAGGUGUCAUCAUGAGCUAACUACAUAAUGGAAACCUUAAAAGAAGUGGACCACAGAGCUGUGAGUGGAUCAGAGGAUGAGUUUCCAUCACAGGAGGACGCAGUUGAGGAGCAGACUUCAGAGAGGAGACUUGUUGAUGCCCUUCUAGAUAUCAGUGAGGAGGACUUCAUGAGAGAGCUGGAGCCUUAUGAGUAUCACUGUUACUCUGGCUGGGAGGAAGCUGUUCAUGGCUGGGCCAGAGUUGCUCCACUGAGCUGCAUACUUCUGCCUCAGAAGAGGAACAGGAAGCCAAAGCACAAAGAGGCUGACAACCCGAUGCCCUCUGCUGUUGACCCAACAGACAGCUCCACUAGCAUCUUAGAGCACCGCUGUGAGUCUCAUGUGGCCCCGCAUAACACCUUAAAGAAAUCCAUACCAUUAAACCAGCACAUAGGAUCCUGGGGUAACACUGCUGAGGUUGCUCUGCAGAAAGAUGCCUCAGAAUGGCCUGUCCUCAGUGCAGUGCAGAAAACUAUGGCAAAUCUCAUACUCAAGGAAAAGAUGGAGGAGGAAGGGGCGCAUCUCCCCUCAAAAUACCUGGAGAACAGGCCCGCUAAGCCUCAGAAACCCAGGCACAGGCCCAAUAAAACAGUUCUUCCUAUUAAAAACUUCACAUUUUUACCACCUAUUAAAUCACCACACCUGAAUCCUCAGAAAGCCAGUGGCCAGCUCUGCAGUGGAAAGAAGGCUCCAGAAGGAGAAACCAUAGAGGAAAGCUAUUUCAUGUUUGAUAAGAAGAGCGGAACAAGAGUGGAUCCUAAUGCAAACCCAGAGCUCCCCAUUUACUCUGCAGCCCUGGACUCCAAGUACUGGACAUGUCCGUACAACCCCCACUUGUUCUCUGCUUUGAGUGUUUCUAUCCCCAAGAGGUAUCAAGUAGCUACGUCUUCCAAACCUGCCACGGUGCACCGCACUGGCUACUCAGUGGGAAAGAGCCUCACGCAGACCCUUCACUCCAGCACUGCGGCAGGUGCACAAACCCAUAUGCACCCCAGCAAGACUGUGUGUAUGUAGUAUGUUACUGUCUUCAAACUCUCAGGUACAACCAAAUAAAAACAUGUAUAUCUCACUUUGUAUCGCACAGGCCUCAGCCUCACCACAUCAUACAGAGUUUCCAUCAGAAUAGUUAGCUGAAGGCUAAAUCAUCAAAGUAACUUAUUGCAGACGUAAUUCAUUUGGUCUCAUGUUCAGUUAUUUCAGUCUGACGUAACACUGUAGAGCGUACUAUGAAAUGUUAAGCUCUUUAUGUCAUUUGGUGCUGUUUUGUUCUGACCGGUUCCCACAAGUGCUUCUUCAGCUGUUCUAGUUACCUAGCAACGGUGCAACUACCUCAUAAGAAGCAUGGCAGCGUGCCUGCCUCGCACUACGAUGUAAUCCUCAGCCACAAGCGACAAAGUGUUGCUCUGUGACUAUAUGUGAUGAUGAUAUUAACUGCUGCCAAACUGGUGCAUCUGCUCUGUUAAUGUUUUAUUGUAUGCAACUUUAGUUUUAUAUCAGUCAGUAGGCGAGGCCUGAUGGCUGUGGGUAGAGAUGAUGGUCAGGAUGGUUAUGCAAUGUACAGUGGUUAUCAGUGCAGCAUUAGUUUGAUCACGCUUUAUGUCAAGUUGGCCUCCAAAGGGCAGACAGUUACAGCAAUAUCUGAUCUUUAUACUUUACAUUGUUAUACUGCCCCUUUGUCAUUUAGCUGCACUGUAAAAUAAAAAAGAUGUGUAGCAGGAUUGUUCCACAGUAUAA